AUGCAGUUGGAUGCUGCACCCAGAGCACUCUUCGAGAGGCUCCCAGCCGAGAUCCUCGACUUGAUUCUACUGCAACCGUCCUUGUGCGGUGAAGAUAUUAAAUCGAUUCGCUUGGCCAGCAAAAGAAUCGCAAGCUCUGCCACCAGGCGGUUGUUUCGAAAAGUUCAUAUAUCAGCUCUUCAUCGUGAUCGGGAAGCUUUCUUGAACAUUGCUCAGUCACCACACCUGGCACGCCAUGUACAAACUCUGGUCUGGGACGAGCUAACAGGAAACUUUCGACUUCUGAAGACUUCAUUUCACAUUGAAUACUUGGGAGAGACAAUGGGCUGGGGAGACUCACUUAACUCUGUCGGUUCUAAUCUAGUCGAAGACCUUAUAUCACAAGUUCAGCCGCUAUUUUGGCUAACAUCGGAAUCUGCCCCGCUGGAGGAUGGCGAGAUGGGAUAUAUUGGUGCCCUGCCCUUCUGGGACGAGUUUGUUGAGGCGGCGGACAAGUUGCCGGCUCUUCGAUCGUUUGUUUCGCGCCCAAUGCAGCCCGAUCGCGAGGUUCAGUCUGCCGCGGACGGUUAUCCUCUGACCGUACGAGUCAUCAAGGGAUUUUUUCUCUGCGAGGAUGUGUAUGAACGCCAGGACGCGAUUUUCAAUCUUGGAUUCUUAUUUUAUCUGAUACCACUGCUAAAGCUGUACACGGAACGCGGUGAUCAACGACCACGCCAGCUAUUCUUCUCCGAUGAAGAUUCAGUUACCAAGAGCUCCCUCGAAUAUCUCGCGACCAGUGACGCUCCCGCCUUUAGACAUCUCCACCAUCUAGAGCUUAACGUCUUUGAGCGAGCUCGAUGGUCACGUAGAGAGACGUCUGGACUGGAGGCUUGCCUCACCGAGGCUGUCAAUCUGAGACACCUGCACCUGGGGUAUAUUCAAGCCCAGUGCAGGGACGAUUUUAUCCCCGGAGCCGACAUUGACAGGAGCCCGCUGUAUGCCAUACCUACCCUACCAUCUCUUGUGAGCCUGUGUCUGGACGACGUUAUUCUUGAACAUAACUAUUCAGAGAGCCCCGAUUAUGGUGUCGAUUUGCCUCGUGAUCAUGAACAACCGGCCUUUGUGAACUUUAUCACACGCCAUGCCGCUACCUUGAAAAGGCUCUGUGUUGUGUCUUCCUAUGUGACAAGGCACAGCGUGUGUAAGCUUGCUAGGGUACCUGACUUGAAGCUACACAGGUUUAUCAUGGCAAACCCGGACACGAACAAUACAUACUAUAAUAUUAAAGAGGAAGAUAUCCUGAAUUUUAUUAAUUGGAAGUAUGAGUAUGAUUUAGAAGGCAACAAGCUGCCUGGGCAAGCCGAAGGCCCCACCUUAUCCUCCCGGUUUCCUAAACGCACACAUGUACUCCCGGCAUUGGAAGAAUACGGGAAGGAUGAAUCGUUGACCAUGGUUGAUGAUUGUCGAGAAAUAUGCAGAACACAUGACGCCCCAAGCGGUCUAUGGGUGGAUGAGGACGGCAUAUAUUAUGAUCCCGCAACUGACCAAGAGAUGACGGAGCCAAGGCAGGAAUAUUGCCGCCCCAAAGAUUGGCAAGGCCAAGUCGAUAAACGCAGGUGGGAUGGUGAUUUAGGUCUUUGGCGAGAUACCUCAUCCUGCCACAGUACUCCCUUGCACAAGUAUGCGAUCGACCGAGUCGCCGACACCACUUUUGGCGACAACUUGGACAAGCGCGGAGAAAACGACCCCGGGCUACAGGAGGAGCGUGAUAGGGCUAUCGAAUUACCUGCCUAUCCACCUGAACUAUGCCUCUUGGAAGAAUUUGAACAUCAAGCUCGAAAACUCGGACACCCAAAAUGGGCCUGGGGGACAGACGACCUAGGCCAUGUCUGGUACUGGGAAGUCCCCAAUAAUGGUCCAGGCCACCCCACGAGAAUCUGGCACUUCACGCACAGGAACGGCGAAGAGGCAUACGGCGACGAUCCGCUGGAUUUCUGGCCAGACUGGGAGGGCGGCACAUCUGGGGACACCGUCUCUGCGACACCAUUCGGCGGCGAGCUGAGGUCAUUCGCAGAGGCUGCCAGUGACAAACGGCGAGGAGACUCGCACCCGCCAUCCACCCAGGUAGGGACGAAAUAUGGCCGGCCGGCCAGGUAUAGUCUGCUCAGCGACCCAUGGUGGGCUCAAAAACACCCAUAA